GGGACCGGGUGGAGUAAAUACAGCGUAUUUCUGAUUUGGAACGUAAAUGUAACCCUCUGAUCGACAGUGCUUCUGUAUAGGAGCGUCUCAGCUUUUUUAAAUUGGUGAAACUGGUGUAUUUUCGUCUCAUGUGUACAUCAUAGGAUCUGAAAAUCAUCGAUUCCAAUCGGCGUAUAAACACUUUCACUGACGCUAUGUUGUUGUGGGCAGUCAUCAUAAUCAUGGCGGCGUCCAUGCUUCACACCGCCGCUGACCCCGUCUUUCUCGUUGAGCCAUCGAGCCACGUAGCCGUCGUGGGAGAAGACGCCACACUAGAGUGCCAUUUAGGGAAUUUAAAGGACUACCAGGUGUAUUGGUAUAUUAAACUCGACAAAUCGGAAACUGCGUUCCUAAUAGGUCCCUUCAAAAACCGUAAUACGGCGUAUCCAAAUUAUGGAAUGUUCGGCAACGACACCAAUGGCGAAUAUAACUUGAAAGUAUCCGAUGCGACUCUCGAAGAUAUCGGUGAGUACGGCUGUUUGAUAACUCUGCCAUCGUCUGAUAAUAGUACCGAGCUCCGUGUUGCUUAUUUGAACGUAACAAUGCCUCGACCACCUGUUAACGUCGAGCCCAUUUGUGAACUUGAAAUCGACGGUGACACAGAAGGGGACAUUGUUAGCAUUACGUGCACGUCCAAGGGUGGGAUGCCCCCUGCGGGACUCGCGUGGAAGCGGAGAGGAACCACGGUCUCUGGGACAUACGCGACUUAUGAAGGAAUGGAGGAAAUGUACAAUGCCAAGAACACGUACACUUGGUCCCUGUCCCCCGAUGACGACCAAGCAACGUACGUUUGUAAAGAAUCGCACGUGGCGUUGGACGAGAGUAGAACGUGCGAAAUCGGACCGUUCUCUGUCAAAUACAGACCAGUCGUUACCGUAAGCCCGCGAAGAUAUGAAGCUGCAACGGGUGAUGAUGUUGUAUUCGAAUGUUCCGCAGCCGCAAACCCUGAAGUCACUGAACCGUUUGUGUGGACAUUCAAUGGUUCUGAAGUAGAGGUAAAUGACACGUCUGUUAUGGUGUCCAACGAUACACAGGUGUCAUACCUCACCGUUUUCAACAUAACUGGAGCCUAUUAUGGCCUGGAGGUGUCGUGUUUCGCAGUAAAUGAUCUGGGAGAGGGCAACGAAACUGGUGUAAUAGUUAGAAAAAAUGAGCCAAGCCCGCCUAGGGAUAUAGAUAACGUGUUAGUUAUGAUUGGGGUAAUUGCGGGGAUCACGUUGUUUACCGUCAUCAUCACAGUGAUGGUUAUGUACUUUGUCUCGGGGGGCGUUUCGUGUGCGUGUUGCUGUAGACGUACCGCAAAAACGGAAGAACGCGAAAGAAUGAAUCAAAAGAAGAAAAAGAACCGAAACCAGAAUAUGGCGAUGAAUCGACGUGACGACCUGGCUCUUGAUCUUCAACAGUUUGAAGGCGGAGCGAACCAAACUAUCGAAAUGAACGAAGUCACCAUUGAUUACCGUCCGCCUGAUACUCCACCGCCACCGGAUUUCGAACCGCCGUCACCACCACCAUUUGUCGAGGGCGGCUACAACAACCCCGCAUAUGAACACAUCGAAACCCGUAACGGAAUGAACGACUUGCAACACGGAACCGCCACCCCGAAUAAAAACAUUGAGUUUGUCAACGUGUCGGAGGAAGAAAACAAAGAUUCUACUUCUCAUCGGAUGAAGAUGGCCAGGAAAAAGAAACGGGAAGAAAUGAGAAAGAAUAAGAACAAUACGUCAGAACAUGAUACGCUAAGACUCUCUGACGAUCCAGAUAAAUGGAUUCUCUGAGAUGACAUGUUUUUUAAAUGUGACAGUGCGCUAACAGCAAUGAUCAAGUUCAAUGCAGUUAUCGUGGUAUUGCCCAUACUACACAAAAAAAUUUUGUUCACUUGUGUAUUUUUUACUUAUUGUGCACCAAAGUCGCUGUUUCAUAUUCAGGUUACGGGGCGAGUCACGUAGUAUCCAAAUACAUGGCAUCUACUAUCGAUUGACUACGUUGUGUAUACUAUUUUUUUUUAUAUAUUUUAUAACCAGUUACAUGUAUUUCAUUUUGAAAACUCGAUCCACGCAUUUUCUGAACAAAACACACCUGGAUCCUUCCUAACUUCUUUUAGUGAAUAUUACACCACAUUCGAACUAUCGUUUGUCACAUUCGUUUUGUAUUUGGUCUUCGGUGGUGUCUUGUCGCGAUUUGUCGUUUCUCGUGUCGUGUAUCUUGUAUAACAUAAAUAUAUCAUCAGGAAGUAUUUCAAUUCUGAUAUAAAUAUUUCUAUUCUGUGCCGUGACAAUAGAAAAUUUAGCCACUAUGCAAACAAACAUAUCAAUCGAAUUGAUAUGCAAAUUUUAAUAUGGCUGACUAAACUAUAAAUAGACUGUAUAUUUUACUACCAGUUCGUGUCCAGCUGAUGGAAAAAACAAUUCUAUUAAAAACAUGUCCCAACCUUGAACUGAACUGACACCCUCGACAGCACAAUACUCUUAUUGCCCAUCUCCCGACUAUAGAGUCAACACAAUUCGA